AUUCGAGGUAUCCCACGGUUAUUCACUCGCCAAUUGCGAUUCAUUCGCCACCACCUUGCGGCUGCAAGCGAUGCCUCAGUUUAUCGAGACCGUUACAAACACCAUCUCGGACUCUGCAGCCCGGUUCCGUGUCUGGCUCGAUACUCCCAAUGGCCGUGGAGUCCUCAAAUGCACAAUCGCCUACACCAUCGCUAGUCUCGCGACCUUCUUUCCACCGCUGUUCAAUUUCCUCGGCAAGCCUGAUGGUAAACAUGUCGUGGCAACUAUCACCGUCUAUUUCCAUCCGGCCCGGUCCGUCGGAUCCAUGAUUGAGGCUAUUCUCAUCGCCGUCGUAGCCGUGGCUUACGCAGAGCUUGUGUCUCUGUUGUCCAUGAUUACCUCGGUGUUCUUCGGGUCAACCAUGCAUCUCGUGACGAUAUCGCAUGUCUUAGUUGUUGUCGUGUUUAUCGGCGGUGGCUUUGGGUUCAUCGGCUGGGUCAAGCAGAGAAUGUCGAAUCCUCUGGUCAAUGUCGGCAGUACCCUCGCAUCGCUCGCCAUCAUUGGCGUUGUCACCAGGGAAAACCAUGUCAUCUCCAACGUCUUCUCCAACGAAAAAGUAGCCCAGGUGCUCAAGAUGCUCAUCAUGGGAGUCACUACGACCGCUGCAGUCAAUUUGCUCUUAUGGCGGCACUCUGCGCGUCAAUCACUCCGUCAGACCAUGAACCGAGUCUCAAUCCCUCUGGGAGACAUGCUCUACAUGAUCACAGGGGGUUUUCUUAGCGGUUCCGAAGCCGGCCUUGCGUCGGACGGGUUCGCUGCUGCUUCCGCGCACUAUUCCACGUCCUAUUCUCAAAUGAUGAAGGAUAUGAGAGAAGCCAAACUUGAGCAUUAUUUCCUUGGCUAUGAGCAGAUCUAUGACCAUGAGAGGUCUGUUGCAAGGUCUAUGGAAAAUCUGGCACAAGGUCUUGGUGGACUGAGAAAUGCAACCAACACUCAGCUCGAACAGCUGAAACAUUCCGAGCAACUCAAUCAAUGCGAAACUGGUCUUGACAGUCCGAAUACAGCUCGCGAACUUUUUGAACAAUUUAAUGCUUCGAUAAAGAUGUCAAUGACAUCCUUACGACAAGAUCUUUGCACAAUUUUGCAUGAACCGCAAUUUGGACAUCCGAGUUAUGAAGUUAAUAUUGAUGAGGAUCUACGACGAAGCUUGAUGGACUCAUUAAGCACUUUCAACGAGGCUCGGUCGGAAGCUCUGCAGCGGCUUUACGACCGCAUAGAACAGAUGGAUUCGUCACACGAAUCAAGACGAGCCAGCUCGGAGGAAGUCGCUGCUGCCUGCGGACACUUCACUUUCAGCUUGCAGGCCUUUGGUGAAGAUGUGAUGCAGUACCUAGAUGUCUUGGAUGACUUGCAACAUGUCAUCUUGCACAAAAGCCGAAGCUGGAGGUGGCUUCUGUGGUGGAAAGAUGAGAGCGCGGAGGGCCAUAAUGCAGCUAUCAGAUUGUUCGAGUCUGCUGAAGUACAUCCUUUGACCGAGACGAGACAGCGGACAGCGAGCUUUCGAGAUGAUGCAGAAGCAGUUCCGGGGCCAGUGGAUGUUAUGACCUGGAAUAAUGCCCCCGGCGUCAAUAAGAUCCUGGCUUGGUUCUGGCAAAGCAUAUCUGCAUUAUUCAAGAAAAUGGCGCGAGAUGACAUUCAAUUUGGGCUCAAAGUCGGUAUUGGCGCUGCCUUGUGGGCAAUGCUUGCCUUUCUUGAACAGACGCGAGACCUGUAUAAUCAGUGGCGUGGCGAAUGGGGCUUACUGUCGUUCAUGAUUGUCUGUUCCAUGACUGUCGGCACAUCCAACACCGUGGGUUGGGCCCGUUUCAUCGGCACCCUGUUCGGUGCUCUAUUUUCUAUCGUCAACUGGAAAGUAAGCCAUGGCUAUGCUGUGCCCCUGAUCUUCCUCGGCUGGCUCACCAGCUUUAUCAACUUCUACAUCAUUGUAGAGCGUGGUAAGGCUUCUCUGGGUCGCAUCAGUCUGCUUACGUAUAAUGUGUCGACAUUACAUACUUAUGCCAUGCAAUACAAGGCAGAUGGGAAAGACGGGACUGGCAGCGAAGGAGGCGCACACCCCGAUAUUAUAGAGAUCGUGAAGCACCGAGCCAUUGCUGUGACAGCGGGCAUUGUCUGGGGCCUCGUUGUUUGCCGAGUCAUCUGGCCCAUCUCGGCGCGCCAGAAGUUCAAAGAAAACCUCUCCGUGCUCCAUCUCCAGAUGGGCUUGAUCUGGAAGCGUGGACCCCUUGCCGUGCUGUUCCGCAGCGAGGGUUCUCAGAGCUAUCUCCAAUCAGGCGAACAAGUCGCUCUGCAGCGGUACGCCGCUAAUUUGGAAAGCCUGAGACAGUCUGCUGCGUCCGAGUUUGAGCUGCGGGGGCCGUUUCCCAUGGAUGUCUAUGGGCGUGUUUUACGAGGAACGACGCGGAUUCUUGAUGGCUUCUAUGGCAUGAGUUUGGUGGCAUACCGCAAGGGACAUCUCACGGAAGGUGAGAGGGCCUUGCUGCAGUAUACGGCCCGUGAACGUGCCAUCUUGUGCGAUCACAUAUGCCAAGCAUUCCAGGUUGUCGCCAGUUCAACUAUGUUGGAAUAUCCCUUUACAGAUGCGACUCCCAGCAUCGUAUCGGCGCGCGAGAAUCUCCUCGCCAAGAUCUUUCAAUUCCGAAAGGAUUAUUCUUCGACGUCAGCGAAUGGAAGAGGCCAAGUCAGCACCGAUUUGGCUGAACCCUUGGUAGAGGAGAAGGAUUAUGCUCUGCUGUACGCUUAUACUCUUGUCACAAGCCAAGUGGCGGAUGAAUUGAGGAUGGUCGGCAAGGAGAUUGGGAGCUUGUUUGGUGUGCUCAAUGAGAAUACACGUCUUCUAAGGUAGCUACUUAAGGCUGCAUCUGGCCUCUAACAGUAUAUGCCAUUCAAAGAGAGCCUUGAACCUGUACGAUAAAGCUUGAGAUAGAUGU